AUGUCGUCGCUCGGUUCCUACAAACUCCGGUGUACGAUCCCCGGUCACGAAAUGGACGUGAGGGGCCUCGCUGCUGCCACAUUUCCCGAAGGAGCGUUUGUUUCUGUGUCCAGAGACCGAACCGGAAGAAUCUGGGUCCCAAACUCAAGUCCAGAACAAGGAUUUACGGAGAUGCACUGUAUGUCUGGACACAGCAACUUCGUGUCCUGUGUUUGUGUCAUUGCUCCCAGUGACACGUAUCCUCGUGGGCUUAUUGCUACUGGUGGAAAUGACAACAACAUAUGCAUUUUUACAAUGGACAAUCCACAGCCUCUAUACACUCUCAAAGGACACAAAAACACAGUUUGUACUUUGUCUUCUGGUAAAUUUGGGACCCUUUUAAGUGGCUCAUGGGACAUGACAGCAAAAGUCUGGCUAAAUGAGAAAUGCAUGAUGACUUUGGAGGGCCAUACUGCAGCAGUGUGGUCUGUUGUUAUUUUACCUGAGCAAGGCCUUAUGCUGUCUGGAUCAGCUGAUAAGACCAUAAGGCUAUGGAAAGCAGGUCGAUGUGAGAAGACAUAUACAGGCCAUGAAGACUGUGUACGAGGGCUAGCGGUGCUCAACAAUUUGGAGUUUUUUUCCUGUAGCAAUGAUGGGAGCAUUAGAAGGUGGUUGGUAACAGGGGAGUGUGUACAUGUUUACUAUGGACACACCAACUACAUUUACAGCAUUGCAGUAUUCCCAAACAGUGAAGAUUUUGUCAGCACUGGUGAAGACAGAACAUUAAGGAUAUGGAAGAAAGGGGAGUGUGCACAGACUAUCCGCAUGCCUGCACAGUCAGUGUGGUGUUGCUGCAUUCUUUCAAAUGGUGAUAUUGCUAUUGGAGCGAGUGAUGGCAUUAUUCGUGUGUUUACUGAGGCUCAAGAUCGUGUUGCCAGUGCACAGGACAUCCAGGCUUUUGAAGAUGAGCUCUCAAAGGCCACUAUUGACCCAAAGACCGGAGACCUUGGAGAUAUAAAACUAGAAGAGCUUCCUGGAAGAGAGCACCUUAAUGAGCCUGGAAAUCGAGAUGGACAAACACGGCUGAUUAAAGAUGGAGACAAAGUUGAGGCAUAUCAGUGGAGCGUGAGUGAUGAUCGCUGGAUGAAAAUUGGGGAUGUAGUGGGAGGUUCAAACGAGCAAACCUCGAAGAGUGUUGUAUAUGAAGGAAAGGAAUAUGAUUAUGUCUUCACCAUUGACAUCAACGAAGGAGGGCCAUCCAUGAAACUGCCUUACAACGUCUCGGAGGACCCGUGGCUCACAGCGCAUAACUUUUUACAGAAGAAUGACCUUAGUCCAAUGUUCCUGGACCAAGUUGCUAAUUUUAUCAUAGAGAACACUAAAGGACAUGUGGUGGGACCAGCGCAGCCUGGAGGAGGUGACCCUUUCACUGGAGGUAAUCGGUACGUUCCCGGAUCUUCAAGCGACAACACAGGCUUUGGGGCUGAUCCCUUUACAGGAGGUGGUCGAUACAUCCCAGGUUCAGACCCUGGUCCAAAUUCAAAUGCUCCUGGGGGAGUGGUAGAUCCAUUCACAGGGAGAGGUGCCUACUCCUCUGCUGCUCUGAGACAAACUGCAACAAACAUUUACUUCCCGAAAACAGAUGGUGUGAGUUUUGAGCAGGCAAACGGCUCACAGAUAAUUGCCAAACUAAAGGAGUUGAAUGCAGGAGCUCCCCAAGAGCACAAACUAACAGAAGAGUUUUUGGGAAAUAUUGAACAGCUGCUGGCUUCUGUGUGUGCCUCAAACUCUGACCCGGGACCAACAAUGCAACAGAUUACUCUCCUCUGGAAGGCAGCACAAUGGCCAGAAGACAUUGUGUUUCCAGUUUUGGACAUAUUGAGGCUUGCGGUGCGACACCCACAAGUGAACGAAAUCCUUUGCGGAGAGGCCGAGGGAGUCCAGCUAUGCAACCAUCUUCUAAACCUGAUGAGGCCAGAAGGGCGGCCAGCCAAUCAGAUGCUGGCCCUGCGGACCCUGUGUAACUGCUUCGCCGGCAGACAUGGCCGAUCUCUUCUCGUAUCGCAGCGAGAAGCGGUGCUCUCGCGAGCCUGCGACUUGGCUUCUGUCUGUAACAAAAACAUCCACAUCGCACUAGCAACCUUGGUGCUGAACUACGCCAGCUGCUUCUAUAGCCAACCCGAUCUGGAGGCCAAGGCCCAGUGCCUGUCUGUGGCCAGUCAAGCUCUGGAGACUGUUCAAGACAAAGAGGCGGUCUUCAGGCUACUGGUGGCACUGGGGACCACGGUGUCUUCUGACCAAACUGCCCGGGACUUGGCUAAGUCUCUUGGCGUCAACUCUCAGAUCUCUAAAUACUCCACAGUGUCUGACCCCUCCAAAGUGGCUGAAUGUUGCCAGCUGGUUUUAAAAGAACUUCAAUGA